CCGUGAAGCGCGAUUCACUCUUCUCUUCCAGGCUUCCGUAGGAGCCUUCGAUUAGGUUGGCGCCUGUCUUGCAGUGCUACACACAAAAGAUAAAGAGAAGGUGGACCGCGUGGUAACACGGCACCACUGAAGUAAAAGCCUGUUAUCUUAGGAGCGCAACAUGGGCAAGAAGCAGAACACCAAGGGCAAGAAGGAUGCGCAGGAGACCCAGGAUGAACCUGAAGAAUUCGUCGUGGAAAAAGUACUGGACCAACGUGUCGUCAAUGGAAAAGUGGAAUUCUUCUUGAAGUGGAAAGGAUUUACAGAUGCUGACAAUACCUGGGAGCCCGAAGAGAACCUGGAUUGCCCAGAGCUGAUCUCUGCCUUUUUGGAAUCGCAGAAGAACGUUAAGGAGAAGCCAGCUCCUGUAAAGAGGAAGGCGUCGACGGAUGAGCCAGAGACGGAUGCAGGGGAUGCCAAGAAGAAAGAGGUGCAGACAGAGAAGCCACGUGGGUUUGCAAGGAACCUUGACCCAGAACGAAUCAUUGGUGCCACAGACAGUAGUGGGGAGUUGAUGUUCCUGAUGAAAUGGAAAGACUCUGAUGAAGCCGAUCUGGUCCCUGCUCGCGAGGCCAACACUCGCUGCCCUCAGGUGGUUAUUUCCUUCUAUGAGGAGAGACUGACAUGGCAUUCCUGUCCAGAAGAUGAAGCUCAGUAGUGUUCCUCCGGUGUUUGAAGACCCUGCACGUGUUCCAUUUUCCUCAGGACUGAAUUUUCCCCUAAGGCUUGACUUCAUGAUUUAGCUGUCUUAGUUCCUUGUGAGGACACUUCAGCAUUCUCAUUCUAUGGCAAUCAAGAAGAGCUAUGUUGUAAAUAAGAACUGAACCAGUUGUAGGAGCAGGUUAUGUUGUUCUGAUAUUUGAAAUGUCUUCCAGUAUCACUGCGACUUAUCUAAAACCAAUUUUCAUUAAACUAGGGAAAACGUAAAUGAUUUCAGUAAGUUCAGACAUUGACUUUGUAAACCACCAUCUUAGUGUCACAGGAUACAGUUUUUCUUUUUCUUCAGUUUUGAUGUUUUGUUCGAAGUGCAUUUUGUAUACUGUCUGUAAAUAUUAUUUGAACUUCUAAUAAAGGUUUUAUGUGACCAAA